AUGAAUAAGUUCGUUGUAGUUCUACUUGUGGCCACCGCCGCAGCCAGUUUGGUGCCAUCAAAUGCUGUCAAAAUGUCAGCCACUGACCUUGCCUUAGACAUGUACGAAGGAUGUCUAAAGGACUUUUCUGUGUCGUGUGUGAAACCUAGAGCAAUGGCAUGGUUUGACGAGGCUAUUCGACAAAAUGAGAUUCUUAUCACCGAUGAGAUGUCAGUUGUUCGGACAGCACCAGUUGAUCAGGAACAGAGAGCUGCUGGCAGCAGUGAUCCACAAUUGGAAUUAUUUGACAAAGUCGACAGAUUUCUUGCCACUCAUGCUUUGCGUGUCAAGGCUCCAGAAUUCUUUGGUACCGAGGAAGCUCGUUCAAUGAUUCCAAGCUUUUUAAGUGACAAUCCAUUGACUAAAGGUGCUUUAGUUCCACUUUCUGAUGAUAACCCAAUGGAACAAGGUCGUGGAUUCGUAAGGAAGGUCAUGUUACCAUUUUUAUUGGGAUUGAAACUCAAGACAACUGUGCUGGUUCCACUUGCCCUUGCUUUGAUUGCCCUCAAGACAUGGAAGGCCAUGACUUUGGGUCUAUUGUCGUUGGUUCUUUCUGGAGCUUUGGUUAUUUUCAAAAUUGCCAAACCAAAGGUUGUCAAUUACGAAGUUGUUCACUAUCCACACCAUGUGGAUCAUGUUGAACACUUACCACACCAUGUUGAACACAUCGUUCCACAUCAUUUGGAUCAUCAUGUUGAACACAUUCCACACCAUGUGGAACAAUACGAUAUCCCCCAACACUAUAACCACAUCGAACAUGUGGAACAUAUCGAUCAUCCAGUCCAAGGCUGGGAACCAUCGCACACACAAUGGGCGAGAUCAUCAGUUGAGAAUAUUGAUGCUCAAGAUAUGGCUUAUGCUGGACAACAACCACAACAACAACAACAACGACGAUAG